AGUUUAUCAGACUCGGAAUUUUCAACAUCGUGCACUUGGGUGCUUGGAAUAUUGAAUUGAACAUCGGAAUGAUGAUCAUAUAGGUUCCGACAUCCGAGAAUAAAAUCUUCCCAUCUUACGUACUACAGAGUCUACAGAGAGGAACAACGAAGAUGUGUUGUUCAAGACUGCUUUUCUUUUUCUGCUUCAUUCUCUUAUAUCCUGUUACUCUCACGUUUGCCCAGAAAGACCCCUACGUCUGCUCUACAAGUGGUAACUACUCCAGUAACAGUACCUACAGGGCAAACCUCAACAGCCUCCUGGCCUCCAUGUCUUCCAACACCGAAAUUGAUUACGGAUUUUACAAAUUCUCCGCCGGAGAAUUCCCCAACAAAGUAAACGCGAUUGCGCUUUGUAGAGGAGACAUCUCUACGGAAGAAUGCCGUAGUUGCGUCAAUGCGUCGAGUCAUGAUCUCUUACAGUAUUGUCCCAACCAGAAGGAGGCAAUCAUAUGGUACUCAACCUGCAUGGUGAGAUAUUCGAACAAACUCAUCUUUGGUGUUAUGGAAGAUAACCCUUUACUUGCCUACUACAACGUACAAAACGUGUCAGACGUUGAAGGGUUCAACCAGGUGCUAAGACCCUUGUUAGAUAGGCUAAGAAACCACGCUGCAUCAGGAAAUUCUACUCGCAAGUUUGCUGCAGCAAGCGCGGCUGCCCCAGACUUUCAAACAAUAUUUGCACUUUUGAUGUGCACUCCUGAUUUGGACGAGCUGGAAUGCAACAGCUGCCUGAGGCGGGCUAUCGAAUAUAUUCCACAAUGUUGUGAUGGAAAGCAAGGAGGGAGAUAUAUAGCACCCAGCUGUGAUUUAAGGUAUGAGAUAUACACUUUCUACGACCCUGCAGCUGAGGAGGCACUACCGCCACCACCAUCCCCACUGUCAUCGCCACCACCAUCCCUCCCAUCAGUUCCACCGUUUCCACCAACAGAAGGAAAGGAAAGAAACUCAUCUCAAUCCGCAGUCAUCAUAACUGUGCCUACUGUUGCUUCUGUUUUACUAAUCAGUUGUAUCUACAUCUUCUAUUUAAGAGUGAGCAGGCAAAGGGAGAAAGAUGAAAUGGAUGAAACGAGUAGCACUGAAUCAUUGCAAUUCGACUUUAGCACGAUUAAAGUUGCUACAGAGGACUUUUCUAUUGCAAAUAAGCUUGGAGAAGGUGGAUUCGGUGCUGUUUAUAAGGGAAGACUUCCAAAUGGACAAGAAAUAGCUGUGAAAAUGUUAUCUAGAGAAUCCGGACAAGGGACUCAAGAAUUUAAUAAUGAAGUCCUAUUAGUGGCUAUGCUUCAACACCGAAAUCUGGUAAAGCUCUUGGGAUUCUGCUUGGAAGGAAAUGAGAAGCUUUUAGUCUAUGAGUUUGUACCUAAUGCAAGCCUUGAUCGCUUCAUAUUUGGUAUGGUUGCACUUCUAGUUAAAUAUCAGAUUUUAUUCAUAAUAAUUUCUUUUCAAUUGAAGUGUCUAGUCUUCAGAAUAUAUUUGCUUAAUAAAAUAGCAUGCUUGCAUGAAUAUGUAGAUCGAAUCAAGCGUGUCCAGUUGAAUUGGGAUAGGCGCUACAAAAUUAUAGAGGGAAUUGCUCGAGGGCUUCUUUACCUUCAUGAAGAUUCUCGACAUCAUAUUAUUCAUCGGGAUCUCAAAGCUAGCAAUAUUCUCUUAGAUGAAGAUAUGAAUCCUAAGAUUUCAGAUUUUGGCACAGCAAGAUUGCUAGAUCAAACUCAAGGCAAUACAAAGAAAAUUAUUGGGACGUAUGGAUACAUGGCUCCGGAGUAUGCAAUGCGUGGGUACUUUUCAGUAAAGUCUGAUGUCUUUAGUUUUGGUGUUUUAGUUUUGGAGAUAAUAUGUGGGCAAAAAAAUAGUUCUUUCACGGAAGGAGAAAAUGUUGAAGGCCUUCUAAGCUAUGCAUGGAAAAAUUGGAGGGAGGGGACAACCUCAAAUCUUAUCGAUCGCACAUUGAGGGCCGGUCCAACAACUCAAAUAAUGAGAUGCAUCCACGUUGGUUUACUAUGCGUUCAAGAAAAUGUUGUUAAGAGACCAACAAUGGCUUCAGUCGUUCUCAUGCUUAGUAGCUAUUCCAUCACUCUAUCGGUACCAACAAAACCUCCAUUUCUCAUGUACAGCACCAUUGGACCAAACCUUUCAUCCCAAUCGCAAAAUAGAUUAGAAGUGAUAAAGUCAAAUCCAUGUCGAAGCAGUUCUGUCGAUGCCUCAAUAAAUGAGGCUUCAAUUACUGAGUUAUAUCCUCGCUAGCAUUUGAGAGGAGAAAUGUUUUACCAUUUUUGUUUUGAAAUACAA